AUGACUCCUACAAUCAAGCCAUGGAGUAACAACAUCUUCCAACUCAAUGACUUUAAGAAACGCCCUCUUCCCGUCGGUAGGAUUGACUAUGAAGCUGCCAAAAGAAAUCUAGAUGAAUCAUGUAAAAAACGGUCAAUUUCAACAAAGCCAGGUACUCUGCAUCGCAUGUCUGGGUCAUUGAACCCAUUCUCCUCUGAUACAACACCCCACGAACUACUCAAUGUCAUCACUCUCAAGCCAGCAAAGAGUUUGGCCUUGUUUGGAUCUCACACAAUAUUUCAUGAACCAAUAGUACCAAUCCAAUUAGACAUUGAGCAGCUCAUUAAACGACGGAAACUUCACCACAGCCCACCACAACCAUCACCACAACCUACUACAACUAUUACUACGACUACAACUACUACAACUAUAACUACAACUACUCAUGCACUUUCUUUUCUUAAACAUACUCCUCCUGCUCCUCCUGCUGCUGCUCCUAACCAGACUCUUGAAAUACCAGAAAAAAACACUGGAUUUGAAUUUGCCCAAACAAACUCUUUAAAAAGUCCUUUGGAUCUUAAUCGUGAACCAAACUCUGCCAACACUACGCGCUUUACACCAGAAAUAUUACCAACACGAACAUUUCAAAACACUAAUAACACAAAUACCACCAGCAACAACAGAGUUAGUACCACACCAGAAUCCACAAAGGUUCCGUCUAGUCCAUUUCCAGCGCAAUGGAUACCACUUUAUCCUCCUUUGAUCGAAGGACCUGCAUCAAUUGAUGCUGAAAAGAUUCUGUUUAUAAAGAAGUUUUUAGAAGCAACUACUUAUCUUGCGGGUCUCCACAUUGCUAUUUUAACCAACUCGCCACUGGUUGAAAAUACCCUAAUCUCUCAACUUCCAGAUUACAAAUUUAGAUACUCAAGACUUAGUGAUAUAUUGAAUGAUGAAACCGAAAAAGGCCAAGGUGUUAUGGUCCACAAUCGACCAGCGAAUAAAGAAACCGGAAAUAAAAAACUGGAAAUGAAGGCCGACAUCGUAUUAAUGUGGGAUGGUCUUCGUCUCACUUACCCUGUAGUAUUCAGCAAGCUUCACGGCAAAUCGAAACCCAAGCCAUCUGUACUCAAGCUGGUUGCCCUUGGAACAGAAAAGGAGCUCAGAGAAAGAGAAGAGGACCGUGCACGGUGGAAAACGGUACCAGAUUAUUUUCAGACCUUAGAAAACGGGAAACGGCCAAUCUCCUGUUCAAUCACCCAGGCGUCUGUUGGUCGACUGGUCCGACAGAUAAUCAAGUGGAUCAAACAAGGCCAGAAAGGUGAUUUUGUGGUCCGGUUCUCGGAUAUGUUUCCUACACUUCAAGAGAUACCGCUUAAUAAGAACGAUCACUCGCGCAACCAAACAAAGAUUUGUUUGCCAAAUGGCCAGACAGUUACCAACUUUGGGAAUAUAUCGGGCGGAUUAAGACAUAUUACUACGCCAAACAAUGUGCCACCAACUAUACAUGCUGAGCGUACUGAGUGUACUGAGCGUACUGAGCGUACUGAGCAAGCUAACCACAUCAAGCCUACUGAACGCACCGGCAAUAUUGAGAAUAUUGAGCAGUCAGACAAGGCUGGUUCUACUUUACCUGAUAAACAAACAAACGGAGUUACUCCAGGGAUGGAAGGCCUUACCAAUCAUACAAAUAAGGAUGUUGGUUCGAAUCUUCCUACAGGACCUCUACCUGCGCCACAUGUACAGCCUAUGCCACAGCCUAGGGAAUCCUCGGCACCUUUGGCAACAACAUCCCCUCGAACACAAUCCCAAUCUCCACAAAUACAACCUGCGCAACCUGCGCAACCAGAACUUCAUGUACUUCCCACGCCAUCGCACAAACCUACAUCCACAAAAAUCACAGCACAAACAGCACAUACAGAACAGGCGGAGCAAACGGAACAGACGCCACAAAAAGCACAGGAAGUAGAGGCGCCACAGGAAGUACAAGUACCACAUGAAGCACAAGUACCACAAGCACUACAAGGACCACAGGAAGCACAGGCAGAACAGACAGAACAGGCAGAACAGGCAGAACAGGCAGAACAGGCAGAACAGGCAGAAAAUGCAGUAGAGGCAGUAGAGGCGGCUGUGUCUGGGGUAUCUGGGAGAGCGAUCCACGGACAUUUUGUAGAACCAUGUGCUGGAACAUAUGGGCUAGAGAGUGAUCAAUUAAGCGAUACCGAGGCUGACUCGGACAUGAUAAUUAGCGAAGCAUCUUCUCGUGAAUCAAGUGUAUACUCUAUGUCCCAUAAUUCUCGGGAUCGUGCAUUACAAAUAUCCCAAGAAAUAGUUUGUAAUAAUCCAGAAAAAAAACAUGCGAAUAGUACUGCAACUACCCAAACUACUGCUAGUGCAAGUGCUGGUGGUGAAACGAUUACUGAUCAGCACACACACAAUCCAGAGUUUUCCACUGUUGUACUCAAGCAGAUCCAAAAGUGCUUUGAAUAUCCUAGCUUUUCAUUUUAUGGAAAUUCUUUGACACGAAAACAUGCUCACAACAACAUCAGCAACAAUGUCAGUGAUAAUCCUAAUAAUCACAAUAAUCUUCAUCAUAACAUCCUUCAACAACAACACCAGCAGCAUCAUCCUCAUCCUCAUCACCAAAAUGAUUAUUCAAAUCAAAAUGAUGUUUACCGAGCAGCUGUUACGAGAACUGGGAUUAGUCAUGGUAGUAGACGGACGACACCUGCAUCUGAUGAUGAAUCAUCAUACUAUUCUGCUAGUGAGUCAGAGCCUUAUCCAAUUCCUAUUUCAACUGUGGACGAAACAUGUCAAGAGGAAGUCGCUGAUGAUAUCAAUACUAUGUUUCCUGGACUUGAGGCACUUCGACUGUCUUUUGAAGAAGAGCAACAAAAGGUUUUGGAUCACAUAAAGACAGUUUACGAUGACCAAAUGAAGGCUUUGAAAGACAAAUAUGAAGACAAGGCAAAGCAUAUCUUUUCAACUUGCAUACCAUAA